AAUGCAAACUUCUCUCCUCCACUUUUUUUAACAUUUACGAAUACAUUCCUCAAUUAAUCAAUUUCGUUUCGUCUUCUUCAUCCACUACUUUCUCUCUCUUAGGGUUAGGAUUCUUAACUUAACCGUCUUUUUCUCAAAAUCAAUGGCGUCAACAAGGAAGAUCACACUCAAGAGUUGCGAUGGAGAGACCUUUGAAGUAGAAGAACAAGUUGUUUUGGAAUCGCAGACAAUUAAACACAUGGUUGAAGAUGAUUGUGCUGAUAGUGUUAUUCCUUUACCUAAUGUUACUAGUAAAAUCCUUGCUAAAGUUAUCGAAUAUUGUAAGAAGCAUGUUGAUUCACCUAAAUCGUCAGAAAAUAAUGUCCGUCAAGUUGAUGAGGAACUCAAGACUUGGGAUGCUGAUUUUGUUAGAGUUGAUCAGGCUACUCUAUUCGAUCUUAUCCUUGCUGCCAACUACCUGAAUAUUAAGAGCUUGUUGGAUUUGACUUGCCAAACUGUGGCGGACAUGAUUAAGGGAAAGACACCGGAGGAGAUAAGAAAGACUUUUAACAUUAAGAAUGACUUCACUCCAGAGGAAGAGGAAGAGGUUCGCAGGGAGAACCAGUGGGCCUUUGAAUGAUAUUUAAGUGGCAGAAUGAUCUUAUCGAAACAUGCGGGACUCAAAGUUCUAUGAUUACACUACUGUAUUUGUGUCUUGUAGUAAUGUUUAUCCUGACAUUGAUCUCAUCUUUACCAUUCCAUCUAGAAUACUUUGCGAAUGGUGAGACAAAGAUGGAUUUGUAAAUAAUAUUUGUGCUGUUGUCCGAGGGUUACUGCUGGUAGCUGUCUGCUGCGCUGAUGAUUGCCUCACAUGCGCGCCUCCUAUCUUUUCAACCUGUUAAUUAUGUAUUUGUAGUACUCUGGUUUUCAUAAAGAUCUAUCGUUCUUUGUUCA